GUGAACAUGAAUGGUCGGAACAAGAACGGCUGGACACCGUUGAUUUGGGCUGCCAUCACCGGCUCCACCGAGGUGGCGUCGCUGCUGAUCCAGGCCGGCUGCGACAUCUUCAUUCGAGAUGAGAAAGGCAUGAGCGCGCUGAUGUGGGCUGCGAAGCAUGGACACGAAGAG